AUAUGGGCGAUUUGACAGUUAAUCGGUCUUCUGCGAACGUCUACAGAGAACAAGUUGAUUCAAUUACCAACUGGUUUAAUUCAUGGAAUGAGUGUGAGCAGACAGUUGUUUUAUUUUCUUUGAUCAAAAGAUUGAAUUUUAAGCAAACCAAAUUUGUCAUGAUGGUAUUGGAGCAGUCACUGGCUUGUGGAUCGAGUCAGCUUUCGAACCUUGAGUCUCUUGCUAACAGCAUAGAACAUCUGAAAUCCUUGGAUAUGAAAGACCACUCUUCAGUUUUUCAACUUCUGUCUCUACUUCCUCUUCUCAAACCCGAAAGCUCCGAAGCAUCCACCGUGUUCACGGAACUCAUCCCUGUUUGCAUCGAUUUGUGUCUAGAGAACGCAAAGAACUUGGAAGAGUGUCGGCAGUUGAUGAGUUACGCUUUGAUCCACCCCGCUCUAAACAGUGAACAACGAGGCUCUCUGUCGCAUUUGUUUUUAGCUUUAGAUCAGAUGAAUAAUGGAGGCGGCUCAGAGAAGUUCUCAGAUCUCUCUUUCAAGCUAGAGAGGUUAAAUAUAGAAAACGGAAAGUGCUCAAAGAGCAGCAGUGAACAGAACAGCAAUAUGCGUGACUUUGAGGCCAAUGGAGUGUCAUCCUCAGCCAACACACACUUGCCAAUUUCAGCCACUCUAUCCGCACCUCCAUCUUUCGUAAGCAAUACAAACAGCCAACAAUUGCAUAUGCCAUAUAAUUACUACGCACAACACCCCGCCAAUGGUGCAAUCGCUACAAACUUUCAAGUGCCAACUCCCCCCACCCCACUCUCUACUAGCCCAGACUACGACAGUUCGUACGGGGGGUCAACAGGUAGUCUAGUGGAGACGUGUGAGAAUGCGAUUAUGAGUGUAGGCAAUGGAGGGCAAGCAUCAUCGUCUGGAGGGUGUACGUCGAAGGAAGUGGACAGAUCAGGAAUGAAAGAUGUUCCAGUAUGGCUGAAGAGUCUUCGUCUGCACAAGUACUCUGCCAUGUUCAGUCAGUUCAGCUAUGAGGAGAUGCUGAGUCUGGACGAUGAGAAACUGACUGCUCUGGGUGUGACCAAAGGAGCCAGACACAAGAUUGUGAUCUCAGUCACCAAACUGAAUGAGAGGUCGAAAGAAUUGAGGCAGAUGGAAAAAGACGCCGUGGACUGUGGAGGCAAUGUGAAACAACUGUUGUGCGACCUCAAACUAAUAGUGAACACUCCAAUCAAAUACUGCGGAGACGGCAACACACAGACCACUGCGAAUCAGAAUCAGAAUCAGCGGACUUCGAAGCAGAAUUCAGAUGAUACUGAAGGCGAACCGAGUGAAUCGGGCGAGGCUGCAGGCGAUGGAUCGGAAGAUGAUAAUGAUGCGAAGAUGUGUCAGAAGAAUCCGCUGGCAAUGGAAGAUUUGCCGAGCUUGAUUUGCAGUGUUCUGGGAAAAUUGUGCAGUCAGAUCCUUCUGCAUCCGGAUGAGGACAACUGCAACACUUUCAUUCAGGUCCUCGAAAGAUGCAAUGGUCACGCGGCGUUCACGUCGACUCAGAAGGAGAAGAUCAGCCAGUGGAGAACUCAGUGUCAACGCAUAUCUCGAUCUGCACAGCAGAAGACAUUGGGAAAUGGGUACACAUCAGUCAUGUACAGACGACCCAGCUACCCCUACGGCUCAACCAGUGCACUGGCCUCAAAUUCCUCUCCCUACCUCUCACACACGAGGAAAAUAUCCAUUCCAACAACCAUGUAUAACAACAACAGCAAUACAAUGCUACCUCAUAAUAACAACAAUUUGCACAGUAAUAUUUGCCAACAAGGAAUGGGCAAUAGUUAUGGAUUAUUCCAACAGAAUGGAAACGUGGCCACAGGAGUGCCGACGCCGGCGGCCGGUUGUACCGGAAGCAUUGCAGUGGGAUCGGGUCGCAAUAAUACAAAUGUAUAUAGAGGCUACAGUGAUGUUCAAAAAAACUCGAAUUCAUCUCAAGUGAACCCGGAUUUUGGUUUGAAGUAUAACAGAACAGGAAUGGGAGGAGUUAACGGGUUUAUGGACGGAAGUGCGAAGAUGUUUGGAAGUCAAAAUGGACAGAGAUUUGCUCCAACUGCAUCUUCGAAUUUAGUUGCGAAUGCGUCGUUUGCGAAUACGUCGAAUCAGAACAGAAACGCGUAUCUGAGUGACCCGAGAAUGUUCCAACAAUUCUCCGCCUCAAACCAGAUGUCAAUGAACCACCACAACAACUGCAAUACCACAAACAACAAUAUGAAUCAUAAUCAUCAAGAACAAUAUCAUCAGAAUAACAAUAACAACAGUAAUGCAUAUGCACAUAUACCACCUCAGCCUAUGAACGCAAUGCGGUCCUCGAAUCUGAUUGGCUCGUCAAAUCGAUCUUCUUCAAUUUCAGCCAAUCACCAUCAGCCUCUAUCGCACACUCUUUCGUGCACCGCGGCUGUUACUGGAAACAAUCGGAACGCCCCAACUGGUGCUAUCGGAAUGGAACACCAUCAGUUGCAUAAACCGUUGUUGCGGACCCAAUCUGCUGGCGGGAACCCUGCGUUGUCGGGUCGGACAAUGACAGCCAUGCCUCAAUCCUUUGCCAUUGGAGCUCAAAUGAGCUCGAACUACUUGAAUCAAAACUCCAGUUCGGGUAAUUUUGAUUCGAAUAAUUCAACUACUGAGAGACGCGCGUCUCAAAUGUUACCCAUAUCUAUGCAAUCUAUUACCUCUUAUUACGAUUUCUGCAAUAAUGCCAAUGUUUCAACGAUGGCCCAGCCAACGCAAUCUUCUGCUUUCCAUUCAAAUUCGGCUAAUCAGGUCGAUUCGAUUUCGAGUCUGGAGUCACUCUGCAGAUCUGUAGCUGAUCACGCGUUAGAAACGAACGCAGAGUGUGUUUCGCCAUCCUCGUCUCUCCUAGCCGACGACUGAUUUGACAGAAACUGUGCUAAUGAUUGCUUCAAAAAGCCGAAAGCUCAAUUUGCCGAAUAUUGAAUGUAUUCUUUAGUGCUAAUAUAGCAGAUGUUGAAUUUCUAAUGUUCUCAUAAGUCAUCAUCGCCCUUUUAAUUAUUACUUAUUUAUGACAUAUUGGAAAGCUUUUCUUCCAAUCAUUUUUAGCUGUUAUUUUUCGAUUUUUGAUAUAUGGUUUGUUACCACCAAAUAAUCGUGUCUGUUUUUAAAUCUUUCCUCUAUUAAUUGUAAAUGUGACUUUUUAAACUUCACAGUAUUUAGACAAAUAUACAACAAUUUUUUGUUAAAGGUCGAUGGUAGAAUAUCUGGUUUAAUAUUGAAUAGUUAAA